ACCAACGUCACCCCCAUGCCGCUAUCGACGACACCUCCUCAACACCAACGACGAAGACGAUAGCCGGUGUCCUGUUCCCACAAUGGCUCCUACCACGGGCAUAGAUACAGCCCACAUUAAAGACACGGCGCUCAAAGAUCUCCUGGAUCUCCUCGAAGGUGUCCGAGGAAAGAAGAUACUGUUUCUCGACCGGACUCUGAGCGGUCCCAUCGGCCUUUUUGCGAAGUUCUCGAUACUACAAGAUUACGGCGUGGAGAAGAUCUUUUGGCUCGACGAACCGGUCCCCGUGCAGCCACAGAAGAAUAUCGUGUACCUUGCGCGAUGUACUGUCAAGAAUGCGUACGCCAUAGCUAACCAGAUCAAGAACAAUUCCAAAAUUCCCGGACAAGAAUUCGAAUACAACGUGUUUCUGGCGCCGCGGCGGACACUAGUGUGCGAGAAGAUCUUUGAAGAUGAGGGGAUCCUGGGCGAGAUCACGAUCCGCGAGUUCCCGCUCUAUUUUAUACCGCUGGAGCAUGAUCUGCUGUCGCUGGAGCUCGAGAGCACGUUCGAGGAGCUGUACUUGCGAAAAGAUCACACCUCCAUAUUCUACUCGGCUCGCGCGCUCAUGAGUAUCCAACGACGGCACGGGUUGUUUCCGCGCAUCAUCGGGAAAGGUGAUCGUGCUCGACGAUUGGCGGAUCAGUUGAUCCGGAUGAGGACCGAGGAGGACGUGGCCGACGGCAGCAGCCCGUUUGCGCUUACGCCCAGCAGCGUCCUGGGGGAACUCAUCGUGAUCGAUAGAGAUGUUGACUUUGUCACGCCGUUGAUGACACAGUUGACCUAUGAGGGGCUUAUCGAUGAGACGAUCGGGAUCCAUAACAGCAAAAUCGAGCUCGAUGCUGCCCUCGUCGGCCCGCCGCAACAGCAGCAGUCCAGUAAUGUCGACUCAUCGGCAUCGAGUUCAAAGUCGCCUGUUCCUACGACGCAGCAGAAGAAACGGCCCGUGCUGUUAUCUUCUGAGGAUAAGCUGUUCGACAACCUCCGAGACACGAACUUCGCUAUCGUCGGAGGUCUUCUGAAUAAAGUUGCCCGACGGUUAAACGACGACUACGAAGGAAGGCACCAGGCGAAAACGGUGACUGAGAUCCGACAGUUCGUGAGCAAGCUUGGCGGUCUACAGCAGGAGCACCAGAGCUUGAGAUUGCACACGGGGCUGGCGGAGGAGAUAAUGAAGCACACACGAUCGGAGAUGUUCAAUAAAGCGCUUGAAGUGCAACAGAACCUCGUGGCAGGCGUCGACCCCCCGAGCCAACACGAUGUAAUCGAAGAGCUGAUCGCUCGGGAUGCCCCCCUCGAAUUUGUACUACGGUUACUGUGUAUAGAGUCCUUGAUGACCGGUGGCCUGAAGCCCAAGGACUUCGAGAGCUUCAAACGAGAGAUAUUGCAGGCCUAUGGGUACCAACACGUCCUCACCCUCGACGCUCUAGAGAAACUGGGAAUCUUCCAGUCCCGGGCUGCCGUUACGGCAUCAGGAAUUAAUAGGACCUCAUACACCAACCUACGCAAGCCGCUCCGGCUGAUCGUCGACGAAGUCAACGAGCACGAGCCCGACGACAUCUCAUACGUCUACUCGGGCUACGCGCCACUGAGCGUGCGGCUAGUCCAAUGCGUUGUGCAGAAGCAGUUGAUGACCGCGGCGGCGAAGGGCCGUCGGGGCGAGGACGGAACGAACGCCGGUGUCAAUGCCGGUGCGGUCGGAUGGAGAGGCUUCGAAGACGUGCUCAAGAAUGUUCAGGGCAAGACCUUUGACGAGCCACAGAGGGGAGAGGAGAAGGCGGUCAGAGCUAGGACUAUCCUAAAUGGACAGAACGAUAAGAAGGUUACUGUUGUGUUCUUUCUAGGGGGUUGCACAUUCACAGAGAUCUCGGCGCUGAGGUUUAUUGGGAGGAGAGAGGAAGCGAGACGACAGAUUGUUAUUGGCACCACAGCGAUCAUCAAUGGAAAUACGAUGAUGAAGGCGGCCAUGGCGUAGAUCCGAUUUGUGUAUAUAACGUAGAUACCAUGAAUAGAGGGGGUUGAAGUUGACUGUUUGACGGGUGCGAUUAUGUGAACAAGCAUGGGCAUUCGAAAGUCCAUGCAUCU